AUGCCACAAACGACCGAAGAGGUGGAAGAUGAUGGCAGCAAAAAUAUGGUAUCCAACCUGCCGCUCCUUUUCGCGGACGGCUACCCAACAUCAUUGGACAAGAUUACCGAAAAGCAGCUGGAAAAAUUUAUACCCUUUAUGGUUCAGUGUUCGUUGGGCAACGUCACUAUCCAUUCGAUGACCGAAUUUAACAAACCGCCAUGGUGGCCAAAAGAUUUAGAAUUUACAAAACCUUUCAAGCGGCCAAAAUCAUUUGCCGGGGAUUGGCUGCUAAAGAUGCGCGAGCUCGUGGUAGCGUGUUACGACUCGCACGAUAACAUCUACCUACUACGGUACUGCGCUGACCUGGCCAAGUUUCAGCCGACGGCAUUGCGAUUCAUCAACAACUACAACUCGACGACAUCGUUGUUCGAGCGAUCCACAAACAAGCUGCUGGUUACGUUUCGCAAUGAAAAUAUGCUUUAUGACCAAGAGCAAAAGAUAAACAGUCGCAAGUGCCUUCUACCGAAGCAAUCGAACUCCCAGAGCUGUCUGGCUACUCCGGAGGAAAUGGUCAUAUCAGAAGGCUUUGAAAUAUACCUCUGCGACUACUGUGAUGCCGAACUAUACUCCUACGGUGCGAUGGUGGAGCACGAGAAAGCCAGCCAUUCGGAACAAAGCAAUGCGGAGCUCGGGGAUACGAGCGAUGACGACGAUGUCAUCUUUUGUGGCCGAGUGCUUGAUGAUCAGCUUCCCCUCGAUGCAGCAGCCCGUGCGCAAGCACAGCAACAAAAGAUGGUGUCGUUUCUAUCGCAAAAUUUUAUGCUGCGCUGCACAAACGAUUCCAGCACACCGUCAGCUUCCAUCUGCAAACCGAGCAGCAACAGUGCCGAGGUGGAAAGUAGUGGAACGACAGUAGAGAGCACCUCCGCAGGAGGAAAGUAUCAUCGAUUGCCAAGGCGUUCCCGGCAGGUGAUUACACUCGCCAAAUGUACCCAAAUUCCGCUCUCCUCCCCACUGGGACUGUUUAUGCUGAAGAGUUCCAAAGUCGUCCCAACGCCCGAAUAUUUGCUGGAGCGGUUCGAGCGCAUGGAACGAUUCUGUAUCGCACCGUCCCUUCCACCCGGCAUCAGCUAUCCGUUAAGGCCAGGUCUGUUGAACGGUGGUUCGCACGAACCCGGAACCACCAUCCACGAUCGACGGAUGCCCAAAUGGUUGUUUGGCAAGGUGAAAUCAUCGGGACCCAACGGAUGUCCCGUAACGUUCAAACGCUUAGCGGACGAUUCUUGCGAACCGUCGAAACAUCAAUACAAAAUCCCAAGGCGCCAAUUUUUCAGUCAGCAACGAAUAGAUAACUUUCUCUUCUACAACAAACCACUUCUGGAACGUUGCCGACCGUGUUUGGUAAAUUUGCAAAGACUGACAGCUGCCGAAAUGCAGGAACUUUCGCAACAGCCCGGUAUCGAACGCGAAAAGCGCGAGGCAGAGCUUGCUGCACUGCAAGAAUUGCAGCGCCGUAAGGAGCUUGCGGAAAUUGCCGAAAGUGCAAUGGUUAUUGAUAGUAUCGAUCUUUGCUCUUCGGAUGACGAGCUGCAGCACAUGGAGGAGGGCAAACUGGUCGUCGUAAGUGACGACGAUACGACGAAUGCGUACCACCACCACCUCCUUCAGGAUGACAGUUCCUCUUCCGAGGGUGAGUAUUUCUCACAUGACGCUAUCGAAACAAUCGUGUUAGAAAUGGACGACAGUAUGGGCAAUGACACGAAUGAAUUAACCAACACUAGUUUCUAUGCAAAUCGGUGUACUACCACCACACCGCCAAAGCUCAAUGCCAGCAGCGACCUGUCUAAAGAUCUACUGGUACCGACAUUCGCAAAGAAAUCGUUCGCCAGUUCGUUGCUCAGCGAAAGUGCGUACCGCUUGAACCAAUCACUUCCUCCAGCAGGGCAUGCUAGUAAUGGUAAAAUUUUGGACGGUUCCCGACAGCCGCUUACUGCCCCGUUGUACCUGUACGCGAACUGCAGCCAAACCGCCGUCAGCUUAUCGGAAGAGUCACAGUUCCCCAGUGGGAAUCGUGCGAUGGCCAGAAAGGGCACCAGUUUACCGUUGAAGGAAAAUUUGGAAAAUGGCUUUGGAGCGACCGGAAAUGGUGCUAACGGCGACACUGUACUGUUAGGCGCUAGUACAGCCGUCCCUGUGCAUAAUCAUCAUCAGUCUGGAACGGUUCAAUCACGUGCUACUAUGCUGCUUCCUGCACCAAUCGUCAACGGUCACGCAAUAAUCACCAACGGUACCAUUCCAGUUGCAUUUGCCAGCUCGCGUGCAAGCGCUGCCGUUGUACAGACGCUCUCAACGACAACCACGUACGUUAAUCAGGCGAUACACAUGUCGAUGAAUCACAACAGUAGUUCCGCUACGGCGGCUGUCUCUAGCACAACCGCAGCCAAUCUCCAGUAAAAUGUCUCUUGUA